AUGUCGAAUACACCACUACCCUCGCAGGCUGAGACAGGACGGUCGGAAAGCAGCGAGCUUCAUCCGAUGCGAGAGGAACGGUCGGAAUCCCCUGACGGCCUGCUCAGAGCGGCGUACAUUGGCGCCGCCCAAUCCCCUCCAUUAUCACCUUCGAGCUCUGAAGACGUAGCAGCGGCAAACGAUCCCUCGCUGUUACCCACAUCAAGCGAAACCCAGACAGCCCGGGACAAGGACGACGAAUCGAGUAGCGACGCCUCCCCGUUUGGAUGGUUUCAGGAGCAGCUGCGAGUUCUGCAGGAGGUGCACGACGACGAAAUGGACAACCGGCGUGAAGAGCUUGAGCAAGCAUUCGACCGUAUUGACUUCCUGGAGGAUCAGUGGGAAAGGGCUCGUGAUGAGGCAGGGCGAGCAAUACUGGAGAUCGACGUCCUACGCGGUGCCAACACCGAGCUGCGCGCCGCCCUGUCGGAGGCGAACGAGAGGGUAGUCCUUUUGAGCGCGCUUGUUAAUGAGCUUCGGGAGAAUCUGCAGCCGCCCAGCAGAGACCAGUAG